AUGGCCGCCGCGAUGUCUCAGAUGUCUGCCGCUGCAACCAUGGCCGGCGGCCUCAUGGCCCUGGCCCCCUCCUCCACGAGGCUGUCCAGCGCUGCUUCCCGCGUGGUGGACCGACCCAGACUGGGCGCGUCGCUGGCCGGACGAGUUCGAUGCGAGGCGGGCAAGGGCCUGCGGGAAACCAUCAAUGAGAGCACGAAGAAGGACAUCACGGAGGGCGAGAUCCUGAAGAACAUGGAGACCAACGAGUCGGAGCAGCGCUCGUAUUUCGGCGCCAAGCCCACCCCGGGGUUCGACCAGGCUGUGGGGUUCACCCCCCGCCCCGAGAUCGAGAGGCGGCCCGAGACCGGCGACAAGUCCUUCUUCAGCGUGUUCGCGUUCGACGGGGCUGCCCCCGAGACCAUCAACUGCCGGCUGGCGAUGUUGGGCAUCGUGUGGGCGUUCUUCGCGGAGAAGGCGACGGGAUUGACGGUGGCGGAGCAGCUGUUCAACCCCACCACGAGCGGGCUGGUGUACUUCGUGGGCGCGGUGCAGCUGUUCACGUACGCGUCGCUGGUGCCGAUCAUGAACGGCGAGUCGACGGAUGCUCGCAGCUUCGGGCCGUUCACGGCGCGGGCUGAGCGAUGGAACGGGCGGCUGGCGAUGCUGGGAUUCUUGUCGCUGGUUGUCACGGAGCUGAUCCGCGGAGCUCCCGUGUUCCACUAA